CACGCGUCCACAAAAUGUUCGCAUCUCACGCGCCACCUUCCUUCAUAAACCCACUCCGCCUUUCUCUCACCCGUCCCUUAUCCUCUCGUGCUGUUACACUGAUCGCGGCAACUGAAUUUCACCGCCUCCGGUACCGUAGAAUUACAGUCCGUAAGGUUAACUUCAUGGCCGGAGAUAACUUCAAUGCCAGGGACUCCUCGCCUGACCACGUCCAAGGAAAGUGGUACUCGGUGCCGGAGCUCCGCCUCCGCAACCAUCGCUUCACUGUGCCCCUUGACCACUCCCUCGAUCAUCGCGCUUCACCUAAAAUCUCUGUCUUCGCUCGCGAAGUCGUUUCAGUUGGGAAAGAAGAUCAGCCUCUCCCAUACCUAUUAUAUUUACAAGGUGGACCUGGAUUUGAGUGUCCUCGACCGACCGAAGCUAGUGGAUGGAUACAAAAAGCUUGUGAGGAAUUUCGUGUCAUAUUGAUGGAUCAGCGAGGAACAGGCUUAUCGACUCCUUUGACAGCAUCAUCUAUGUCACAAUUUAAGUCUGCAGAGGAUUUGGCAGACUACAUGAAACAUUUCCGAGCCGACAACAUAGUGAAUGACGCUGAGUUUAUUCGAGUGCGCCUUGUUCCUGAUGCUUCGCCUUGGACAGUCUUGGGUCAGAGUUAUGGUGGUUUUUGUGCGGUUACCUAUCUGAGUUUCGCACCACAGGGACUGAAACAAGUCCUUCUAACUGGAGGAAUCCCUCCAAUUGGAGAUGGAUGCACAGCUGAUACCGUGUAUAGAGUGUGCUUUGAACAGAUUAUACUUCAGAAUGAGAAGUACUACAAGAGAUAUCCAGGGGAUGUUGAAGUUGUUCGUGAAGUUGUUAACUAUUUAACGGAGUCUGAGGGAGGCGGGGUGCUUCUUCCGUCUGGGGGCAUCUUAACUCCAAGGGGACUGCAAGCUCUUGGUCUCUCUGGCUUAGGAACUUCUACUGGUUUUGAGCGGUUGCACUAUAUGUUUGAGGGAGUCUGGGAUCCUGUAAUAGUUCCAGGAGCACCAAAGCAGAUCAGUUACUACUUUUUGAAUGCUUUUGAGAAGUGGUUAGCUUUCGAUACUAAUCCACUCUAUGCGCUUAUGCACGAGUCUAUCUACUGUCAGGGUGCUUCAUCAAAGUGGGCUGCUCGCAGAAUAAGGAGUGAAUAUGAGGAGAAAUUUGAUGCAAUCAAGGCUGCUAGAGGUUCCCCUGUACUUUUCACAGGAGAGAUGAUCUUCCCAUGGAUGUUUGAUGAGAUUCAUGCUCUGAGGAAAUUCAAAGAUGUUGCUCAUAUCUUGGCUGAGAAGAAGGAUUGGGGUCCACUCUAUGACACUACUACGCUGAGCAAUAAUAAGGUACCUGUUGCGGCUGCUGUUUAUUAUGAUGAUAUGUUUGUCAACUUCAAGCUGGUCAUGGAAACAGCUCCUCAGAUAGCAGGGAUUAGGCUGUGGAUUACCAACGAGUUCAUGCAUUCUGGUCUACGCGAUGCAGGGGGCCAGGUUUUCGAGCACUUGAUGGGAUUGUUAAAUGGAAAGAAGCCUUUGUUCUAAGGAAAAUCUCCUCUUCCAUUCCUGUGUGGUUUUUUCUUGGAGUUUACUGUGUUCCCUGUUUCACUUAAUAAGUUAGAACUUAGAAUAGAACAUUCCAAUUGUUGGACCAAAAU